AUUAUAAUAACUUAAACUUAGCACCUUUCCCGCCCUAUCCUGACCUGAAUAUCUCAAACCACCUAUCGCAGUGCUCAGAAUUCACGAUGAUUGCUGUUUCUUCCAAUUCGCUGGGCGCUCUGAUGCUCCUACUUGGCUCAGUUCAAGCCCUACACUGGGGCACAUACGCCUGCAUGAAGAGCUCAGGGGAUAUGACGAAGCUUGGCUCAUCCCCCUACCAAUCCGCCGGGCUCUGCCAGAACUUGUGCGAGAAAGAGAAGGGUUCCUUCUUUGCUCUACAGCACGAAGACUGCUGGUGUGGUAGCCAGCCGCCUGCCUUUGGCAGCAUGGGUGGCGUGUGUGAGGACGAUUGCCCAGGCUUUCCCGAAGACAAAUGUGGCGGCGAUGGCGCCUACUCAGUGUGGGAACUAGAGGACGAUUAUUCGAACCCCAGCCUUCAAACCAGCACCUCCACUGCGCUUGUUUCGAAGGCGAUAGCUUCCUCUUCCACCGGUAUUCCUGUCGUGGCCUCGGCGUCAGCAAGCGUGACGCCUUCCUCUGCUGCCACUCCUUCGGCGACUACGCCUGUCACCCCAGCUGUCCACACCAAUUCGGCUAGCCGUCGCUUCCGAAUCUUGUUCUUCUAGUGAUGUGGUCAAGAACAUAUAGUUGAUGACCCGGGGAGGCUGGCCUGUAUGAUAUGGUGCUCUGACGGUAUUUGUCUUGCUUGGGUCAACAAAUCGCAACAUUGCUUCGGGUCAUCACUCGUUGUAUUGCCAUUCAUCUACAGUGCUAAGCCUGUUGUACCAUUUCUGAUUCCUGCCUCUCCGCCCUGGUUCGUUGACUUUCACACCCACGUAGCUACGCUUCUUAUCGGAUGGGGGUAGCGAUAUAGUCUUCAAUCAAUCCAAUCAGUCCUUCAC